AUGAAUAAAGCACUGAGGUCCAAGCAGCUACUUGACGCUUGGAAGAAGCUGCAAUUGAGUUACUACGGUGGCAAGUACUCCAUCCACCGACUACUCGCCUUGGAGACGUACGCACAGUCGACAUCACUAGUCCACGGGUUGCUCGUGUGCAUUUGGACGCCACUCCCGAUGGCUGCGCUGGUCUUUCUAUUCGAAUCGCUGCCACUUUGCGACCCCAAAGACGGAUGGCAAGCAAACUAUGGCUUCUGGAUACGAGUCGCUAUCGUGGUCUUUGUAAUCGCCCAAACAUCUACAGGUGAAGCGGUUUACUUCAUCGACAACUUCAAUAUCUCUUCGCGCCAACUCACAUCGCUAUCGGGGGGUAUCGCUGUCAUCUUCACGGCCUGCGCUAUGGCCAUCUCGGCGGGCACGAUCUUCCCCAUCCCAUUCCUCAUAUUGGUGCUGACUCCUGUCUACAACAUUAUCCACAUUAUUCUGUUUCGAGUCAUACUGGGCGCUCAAAUGCUGCGCCAACUAUUCGCACAACGCAAGCAGCUCAUCCAGUACACGAACUUCUUACACGCACAGAUCAUGAUGAUGUUCGUGUAUCCGAUCUACGAAGUGUUGUUCCGCUUUGUUGAAGGAUCGAAUUUCCAGCUUCCAGUGAUUUUGUUGCUGCCUUCUGGAUCUGUGCACCGGGAUCUAAUUCUGGAAGUUGAAUCGGUAAUGCUUGGUACGAUUAGCAACACGUGUUGA